AUGGUCGCGAGUCUGUUCGUCGAGGCGGCCCGCGGCGCGCAGCUGGAGGUGCUGCGACAGGCGACGGUCUGGGAGCGCAUCUCCGUCGCGACGACGCUCGCGAUAACGUUCGCGAAAGAGCUGGUCGGGAUAUUCGGUAACGCGCCGUACGGGUUCCACGCAAUGGCGAUGUAUCGGAGCGUGUUUUACGCCAGUAAGCGCGGGCUCGAAGGUCCGCGAAGCAAUGGCGGAAGCGGGGAUCUGGACGCGGCGGAGGGGGAGAUCGCGCGCGGUGAAGCGGGGGACGCGGAAAGCCCGGCCGCGGCUCGGCGGUCGGCGAUUGGGAUCCGGAAGAUGCGGAGGCAGCUGACGUCGACAGUGUGGAACUGGGCGUCGUCGAUGGAGGCGAUGCUGUGGCAGGGUCUGCCACAUGGCGGCGUGCAAGUGGUCUACGACAUUCGCUACGGUCCGCGUCCGCGCAACACCCUUGAUAUUUACAUGCCACCAGAUCUGGCACUUGACAGCAAUGCAGCAGAAAGCAGCAGCAGCAGCAGCAGCAGCACUGGUGCCACUCUCACUGGCAACAGAUCUACUAGCAGCAAUAGCAACAGCAGUAGCGAAGGAGGCAAGGGGCGGCCGGUCUUGUUUUUUGUGCACGGCGGAGUAUGGGCGAGUGGCGAGAAGUGGAUGUAUUCUCCCCUUGCGAUCCGAUUCGCUCAGUCUGGAGCGGUGGUGGUCACCAUCCAAUACACUCUCUACCCCGAGGCCCUGGCUAUAGACCAGGUGCAAGAAACAUCAGCAGCGCUCUCAUGGGCCAUGGACCACAUCCACGAGUAUGGGGGCGACCCUUCGCGCAUCUUCCUCACGGGCCACUCCUCAGGCGCCCACGUCUGCUCCAUGGUGCUGUGGCGCCGCCUCAGGUCAGCCCUCCGUCGCAUGUUCCAUGCGCAUGCCACGGAUGUAGCAUCGUCAACACCCACGGCUGUAGCAGAGGCUGGCACCAGCAGCGUCAGCAGCAGCACCAGCAGGGGGGGAAAUUCGCCACAUUACACCCUCAAGGGAGAGGACCUGUGGUCUCUAGACGAGCAGGACCUGAGGCAGCCGUACAGUUUCCUGGGAAUGAGUGGCGUGUACGAUAUAGCCCACCACCAGAGGCACGAGCAGAACCGGGGAGUGUUCGCCCUCUCAGCCAUGUCCCCUGCUAUCGGCGGGCCGGCACGGUUUGUCUCAUCCUCGCCUGCUCUGCUGUUUGAUGCCCUUGCGUCUGCUGCUGCUGCUGCUGCCGCUGCUGCUGCUGAGGCUGUUGCUGGUGCUGCUGCGGGCGCGGUUGCGGGUGCUGUUGGUGAUGCUGCCGGUGAUGCCUCUGCUGCUGCUGCAUCAUUCGGGGCGUCAUUUGACUGCCCUAAGAGUCCUCUCUUGUCUACUGCUGCCGCUCCUCUUCCUGCUCCUGUUCCUCCUGUGGCUGCUGCAUUUGCCUCUGCUGCUGCGGCUAGAAGCAGAACACUCGAGCAGCUAGCAGCGGUCAGCGCUGCUGCUGCUGCUUCCCUCAGGCCCUCCCUCUCUGCAGCCCUCAAAUCCGCGUCACCCCGCUCGAUUGCCACGUCAGCUGAUUCCAGUGCCACGUCAUCAGCCGGUCCCCCUCCGGUGAUGCGCUCGUCCAUAUCCGAGAGAGAAGUCUCCCACCGCCAACCAGUUGCUGCCAAGUCAUCAUCAGUAUCGUCCUUUUCAGCAGGAGCUGACUCAGCAGCAGCAGGAGCAGGAGCAGCAGCAGGAGCAGGAGCAGGAGCAGCGGUAGGAGCAACAGGCAUACGGGGUGACCAUGCAGAGCGACUUCAAAAGAAGCAGCCAAGCAGGCGCUACGGUCCCACCUCCUCAAGUCAUCAGCUUUGA